CUGCGUUAGUCGUGAAAGAAUUUUGAUAAGAGACGUCACAGAAUCGUACAAUUAGUCAAAAGUUUUUAAAGAUAAAUAAUUAAUUGGUAGGGUUCAUUAAAAAAAAACUAUAUCGCAUUGCGUAGAAUCGGUAUCUGUUAUUGACAGAAGUGUCAUAAUCGCAUAAAUUGUGUUUUUGAUACGAAAUACUGAAUUGAAAAGUAGUUGCCUUAUAUGUGCGCUUUUAAAAGAAUAGCAUAGGAUACUUCGAACCGAGGCUGAGGGUUCGUUCAGGGUCUGGCUGAAUGGUCUGUACAUUGUGAAAAACAUGCCUCUGUUCGGAAAGUCUCAAAAGAGUCCGGCGGAGGUGGUAAAAGCUCUUAAGGAAGCAGUAAAUGCAUUGGAGCGUGGUGAUAAGAAGGUAGAAAAGGCUCAAGAGGAUGUCAGUAAAAAUUUGGUACAUAUAAAAAAUAUGCUGUAUGGUACAGCAGAGACAGAGCCUCAAGCAGAUAUCGUUGUUGCCCAAUUGGCGCAAGAAUUGUAUAAUAGUAAUUUGUUGCUUCUACUCGUGCAAAAUCUUAGUCGCAUAGAUUUUGAGGGAAAGAAAGAUGUCGCUCAAGUAUUUAAUAAUAUAUUACGAAGACAAAUCGGAACUAGAUCUCCAACAGUAGAAUAUAUAUGUACCAAACCAGAAAUAUUAUUUACUCUUAUGUCUGGGUAUGAACACCAAGACAUCGCUUUAAAUUGUGGCACUAUGUUAAGAGAAUGUGCAAGAUAUGAGGCCUUGGCAAAAAUAAUGAUUUACUCGGACGACUUUUACAAUUUUUUCAGAUAUGUUGAAGUGUCAACAUUCGACAUAGCUUCCGACGCGUUUUCUACGUUCAAAGAAUUACUUACCAGGCAUAAAAUACUGAGUGCUGAGUUUUUAGAAAUUAAUUACGAUAAAGUUUUCUCUCAUUAUCAAAGGUUAUUGAAUUCUGAAAACUAUGUUACGCGACGGCAGAGUUUGAAACUGCUAGGAGAACUUUUACUCGAUAGACAUAAUUUUACCGUAAUGACACGAUAUAUCUCGAAUCCUGAUAAUCUAAAAUUGAUGAUGAACAUGCUCAAAGAAAAAUCGCGUAAUAUACAGUUUGAGGCGUUUCAUGUUUUUAAGGUAUUCGUGGCAAAUCCAAAUAAACCAAAACCGAUCUUAGAUAUAUUAUUGCGCAAUCAGGAAAAAUUAAUUGAAUUCCUAACGCGCUUCCAUACUGAUCGUUCCGAAGACGAACAGUUCAACGACGAGAAGGCGUACCUUAUUAAGCAGAUAAAAGAACUUAAAUCUGUACAUGAGAAUUAAGUCCAAAAUACAAGUUAUUGCUACAGCUAUCGUUAACUACUACUAUUGAAGUCUA